AAGAACCCUAAGGUCAAGGUUAGAAUUGUUUGUUGUUCACUGAAGUGCUAUUCGAGGUUGUUUUUUUUUUACUUUUAUAAAAUAUACAAUUUUCACUCAUCGUCAUUAUGAUAGCUAUCCCCCUAUGUAGUACUAUAUCAUGUAGGAUAGUCUAAUGCAGGUUAUUUAGAGCUGUUGUUUUUGUUAGGUCCGUAUUCUAAUUGAGUGGUGUACCUGUGUGUUCGACGCACAAUGCAAUUAGCAACAGCUGGUUUUUUCAUUUUAGGAAAUUCAACUAGUAGCCUUAAAAAGUCCCUAAGGUCUAUAAUUCACUUUCUUCUAGCUAUCAAUGACGUAGAACUUUUCAAAAAGGUAAGAUUUGCUUAUCUAGGACGGUCGCCGACUUUCAAUAUCGAACAAAGUCCACUAUAUAUAUAUAUAUAUAUAUAUAUAUAUAUAUAUAUAUAUAUAUAUAUAUAUAUACUGUACAAGUACAUGAUUUAAACUCGUACUUUAGUAAUAUUGUUUUCAAUUAAUUAUUUCAACAAUCGUAAUGAACCCGCAUUUCAAUAGACAUAUGGCGGAAGCUCAUAGUGCAGUAGCGUUUUCGUUCUCUGUUACACCGGAGGGUGUUGACGUUAACGUAAAUCACGAAGCUCUCAGAGCCGUUUGGAUCAGCGGUGUACGAUCUUGGAAAAAAAAGACGGCUACAUUCAUGAAUCACGUUCAUAAUGGGGUUUACCCAGCCUCCCCGGCUUCGUGGCUGGUAACGAGUGGAGCGUUUGUGGGGCUGCACUAUGCAGGAUUGAAACAAAUAUGUAAAGUUGUCGACUAUGUUUCGCAACUUCCCGGAUUCAACUUGAUUAAAACUCAUGAAACUAAUAAAAAGAUUGUGGCAUGUCUUGCCUUUUCUACGGGUGUUUGGCUAGUUGGCAUAGCAACUCUUCGAUACACUCUAAAAUUAAUGUUCUGCUACAAAGGUUGGAUGUAUGAACCUCAUGGAAAAAUGUCGGUGGCAACAAAAAUUUGGCUGUUAGGAGUCAAAGUUCUUGUAAACCGAAGACCACUAUUAUACAGUUAUCAGGGAUCGCUACCGAGUCUUCCUAUUCCCUCAAUUAAUGAUACUAUGAAACGAUAUUUGCGUUCUGUUAGACCGCUUCUGAAUGAUACUCAAUACGCUCGUAUGGAACGGUUGGUUGAAGAAUUUAGGAGAGGAGAUGGACCAAGGUUUCAGCGCUACCUUAUUCUUAAAUCCUGGUGGGCUUCAAACUACGUAUCUGAUUGGUGGGAAGAAUAUGUUUAUCUUAGAGGAAGAUCACCAAUCAUGGUUAAUUCUAAUUUUUAUGGUCUUGAUGCUAUUAUGAUCCAUCCCACUAACAUUCAAAUAGCAAGAGCAGCCAAUGCUAUCUAUGCAAUGCUUAUGUUUAGACGACAAAUGGAUAAAGAAUUGAUCAAACCGAUAAUGUUGAAUGGAACCAUUCCUUUGUGUUCUGCACAAUACGAGAGGCAGUUCAACACUACAAGAAUUCCUGGCGAAGAAAGUGAUAAGCUUGUGCACUAUAAAAGCUCAAAACAUAUCGUCGUUUAUCAUAAAGGUCGUUACUUUAAAGUAUACAUUUACUUUAAGGGAGUUCUCCUACUACCAAGACAAAUUGAACAAAUGCUCGAAAAAAUCAUUCUUGAUGAAAGUGAACCAGUAAAGGGUGAAGAAAGAUUAGCCGCAAUGACAGCAGGUGAUAGAAUUCCAUGGGCAAAAGCUAGAGUAGAGCAUUUUGCGAAAGGGGUAAACAAAACUUCUUUAGAAGCUAUUGAAAAAUCUGCAUUCGUUGUCGUAUUGGACGAUGAAGAACAUGACUACGACGAAGAAGAUCCUACAAAAUUAAACAAUUUUGGAAAGUCUAUGCUGCAUGGCAAAGGUUACGAUAGAUGGUUCGACAAAUCAUUUACGUUGGUAAUCUGCAGAAAUGGAAGAAUGGGAUUCAACGCCGAACAUUCUUGGGCUGAUGCUCCAAUAAUGGCGCAUUUGUGGGAGCAUACUUUAAUGGAAGAUACAGUUAAGAUCGGGGCCGACGCUCCAAUAAUGGGGCAUUUGUGGGAAACCACUAUAGCCGAUGAAGCAUCUCUCGGAUAUACUGCUGACGGCCAUACUCGUGGAGAAUUACCAUUCAAUGCUCCAAAUCCGAUUCGUUUGCAAUGGGAUCUUGAUGAUGAGUGUUGUAAAGUUGUUGAUCAGCAGCUGGCAAUCGCAAAAGCUUUAAUAGAGGAUGUUGAUUUAAAUCUAUUAAAACAUGAUGCAUUCGGAAAAGGAUUUAUCAAAACCUGUAAAAUGAGUCCUGAUGCGUUUAUUCAAAUGGCCUUGCAACUGGCCUAUUAUAGAGAUGCAGGAAAGUUUUGUUUAACAUACGAAGCUUCCAUGACAAGACUUUUUAGAGAAGGUAGAACUGAAACUGUUCGCUCUUGUACAAUCGAAUCUGCUGAAUUUGUUAAAGCAAUGAUGGACUCCAAUGUUUCCAGAGACGAUAAAGUAAAGUUGUUUAGAAAGGCGACUGAUAGACAUCAAAUGGGUUAUAAAGACGCCAUGUCCGGUAAAGGAAUAGACAGACAUCUAUUCUGUCUUUACGUUGUUUCCAAAUAUUUGGGUAUUGAAAGUGCAUUCUUGAAGGAAGUUUUAAGUGAACCUUGGAGACUGUCAACAAGCCAAACUCCUCAUCAGCAAACUGAUAAAUUGGAUUUAGUUAGAAAUCCAGAAUUUAUUUCAGCAGGUGGAGGUUUCGGACCAGUAGCCGAUGAUGGUUAUGGAGUAUCGUAUAUAAUUGCUGGAGAGGAUGUAAUAUUCUUUCACAUUUCGUGCAAAAAGUCCUGCAAUGAAACUGAUCCAGAAAGAUUUGCGAGAAACAUAAAAAGAGCAAUGUCGGAUAUGAAAAAUCUUUUCGCAUAA